UUAUAUCGACCUGAGAGAAGGGAGUUAAGGUGUCGGAAAAGGUCUCCAACGGUCCUUCAUCCCCCGGAUCUCUGUCAGCGAUGGAGACUUGGGCUGGCUUCUGCCCAGGCUUGCACUUAUCUCUGGGUUUCUGGGUGAUGAUAGCUGCUCAUACCCUACAAAAUGCCAAGGCGGAGAUUACUUGUGCAUCUUGCACGUUGCCAGUUCAACUUCACCUGGAGGAAUUACAGCUGGGGAUGCACACUGACCCGACAAUGGAGCCGGACACCAUAAAACACAUCCGAGUGGAGUUCAGGGAACUCGGGGUUACCGACCAAAAUACUGGAGUGGACAACGAGCUUGAGACAGGCGUCUCUGUCGAGAAUGUCCCCCAGUUCCAUCAAGGUGCCAGUUUGCACGGAGUUAGUAAAAAGGAAGAUGCACCAGGGGCCAGUGAAGAAAGUCACAGCGGCAGUGAUAAGGCAAGGGAUCCCGAGAAGGAUGAGGAUGUUGCGCUCCGGAGAGCGAAGAGAAGCGGUCCUGAGUUUGCCGAGUUCAGCGAGAACGUGCGGACCGGCCGGACUGGCAUGGAUGCGGGCGCUACGGAGGAUCGGGGCUCAUUGUUUGACGGACAUAAGCAGGGCAAGUCCGACUUCAGAUGGAACAGGGAUGAAGGGAGAGGGAAUAACCGGCAGGAUGAUCCCAAGAUCACCAGCAGCACUUUUUCUCUGACAGGGGACUCUGCGCAUAACCACGCGGUGGUGUACUGGUCAGGGCAAAACAGCAGCGUGAUCCUGAUUCUAACCAAGCUGUACGAUUUUCAUAUUGGCAGCGUCACUGAGAGCACUCUUUGGAGAUCUACCGACUACGGCUCCACGUACGAGAAAAUGAAUGACAAAGUGGGAUCGAAGACUGUCCUGAGUUACCUGUACGUCUGUCCCACUAACAAGAGAAAGAUUAUGGUGUUGACAGAUCCAGAGUUUGAGAGCAGCGUGCUCAUCAGCUCUGAUGAGGGAGCCAGUUACCAGAAGUACCGCCUCACUUUCUACGUCCUGAGCCUUUUAUUCCAUCCCACUGAAGAGGACUGGGCCUUAGCCUACAGCCACGACCAGAAGUUGUACAGCUCGGUGGACUUUGGAAGAAAAUGGCAGCUCAUCCACGAACACGUCACGCCCAACAGAUUCUACUGGUCUGUCUCCGGCCUCGACAAGGAGCCAGAUCUGGUCCACAUGGAGGCUCAUACACCAGAUGGCAAUGUGCAGUAUGUCACAUGCAGAGCUCCGAUGUGCACUGACGCUAACAGGAACUACCCAUUCCCUGGAUACAUCGACAUCAGCUCUUUGGUGGUUCAAGAUGACUACAUAUUCAUACAGGUUCCUACAUCAGGACGAGCCACCUAUUAUGUGUCCUACAAGAGAGAAUCAUUUAUACAAAUCAAACUACCCACAUAUUCCCUGCCUAAGGAUUUACACAUUGUCAGUACUGAUGAGAAGCAGGUAUUUGCGGCGGUGCAGGAGUGGAACCAGAACGACACCUAUAACCUCUACUUGUCCGACACCAGAGGCAUCUACUUCACCUUGGCCAUGGAAAAUGUCAAGACCACCAGGGGCAUCGGAGGGAACCAGAUGCUGGAUCUGUACGAGGUGGCAGGAAUUAAAGGCAUGUUGAUUGCAAACAAGAGGCAAGACAACCAGGUCAAGACCUACAUGACCUACAAUAAAGGCAGAGACUGGAGGCUCAUGCAGGCUCCUGCUACAGACCUGGAUGGAAACGACAUUCACUGCAUACUGCCUUUUUGUUCACUCAACCUCCAACUGCAAAUGUCAGAGAAUCCUUACUUGUCAGGAACAAUCUCCACCAAGAGUUCUGCACCGGGGAUCAUAGUUGCCACUGGAAAUAUCGGAGCAGAGCUGUCUUACAACAACGUUGGCAUGUUCAUAUCGUCUGAUGCUGGCAAUAGCUGGAGACAGAUUUUUGAAGAGGAGCACAACGUGUGGUUUCUGGACAAAGGAGGGGCCCUCGUUGCUGUCAAACAGCCGUCUGUGCCAACCAGACACUUGUGGGUCAGCUUUGAUGAGGGGAGGCAAUGGACCCAACACAGCUUCUCCUUGGUUCCUCUGUUCGUGGAUGGAGUCUUGGUGGAGGCUGGGGCCGAGAACCAAAUAAUGACCUUUUUUGGACACUUCAGCCACCGUUCUGAAUGGCAGCUCAUCAAGAUAGACUACAAGUCCAUCUUUAGCAGGAAAUGCACAGAGGAAGACUACCAAACCUGGCACCUGCACAACCAGGGUGAACCCUGCGUGAUGGGACAAAAACAGAUUUACAUGAAGCGCAGGCCUGGAAACUACUGCAUCCUGGGAAAGGACUACUCAAAAAUCCUCUCAGCUGAAUCCUGUAUUUGCCGAGCUCAUGAUUUUGAAUGUGAUUAUGGAUAUGAGCGGCGUGGCGACGGGAACUGCCGGCCUGCCUUCUGGUUUAACCCCUCUACUGUCUCCAGAAGCUGCAGCCAGGGUCAAAACUACUUCAACAGCACAGGGUACCGUAAAGUGGUGUUGAACAACUGCACUAAAGGAGUCAAAGAAAUGUACACGGCCAGAAAGCAGCAAUGCCCCAACAGACCUCCUAAAGGACUCUUGAUUACCACUAAAGAUGGCAAACUCACCGCCAAUCUGGGGAGCAACGUUACCUUCCUGGUUCAUCUGGAUGAGGGUGACUCUAUGCGCACCAACAUCCAGCUAGAUUUUGGCGAUGGCACAGCCGUGUCCUACUCCAACCUGAGCUGGACUGAGGAGGGGAUCAAACACGUCUACAAGUCAGCUGGAAUAUUCCGUGUCACGGCGCUGGCAGAGAACACACUGGGUUAUGACACCACAACACUCUUCCUGCAUGUCACAUGUCCAGUGGAGCAUGUCCAGCUUCUCGUUCCCUUCGUGGUCAUUAAGAACAAAGAGGUGAACAUCACUGCAGUGGUCUUACCCAGUCACUCACGUACUGUUACUUACUUCUGGUGGCUUGGCAACAAUACUGAGCCCGUGAUAACGUUGGACGGGAGUAUCUCACACACCUUCCCCAACGACGGCAUGCACACCAUCACAGUCCAAGUGGCUGUAGCCAACACUAUACUGCAGGAUACCAAGACCAUAGCAGUCAAAGAAUUCUUCAAAUCUCUACUUUUAUCAUUCUCGCCUAAUCUGGACGAGUUCAACCCUGACGUUCCCGAGUGGAGACAGGAUGUGGGGAGAGUAAUUAAGAAGGCUUUGCUCCAAGUGUCGGACUUCCCAGAGGAGCAGCUCUUGGUAGCCGUGUUCCCAGGAGUUCCAACAGCUGCUGAGCUCUUUUUAUUACCUUACAAGAACCAAUCAGAGGGCAAGAAAAAGAGUGAGGAAGAGCUCGAGCAGGUUUCUGAUGUAAUUGUAAGCGCGCUGAACCAAAACUUGGUGGAGUUCGAGCUCAAGCCUGGCGUAAGGGUGAUUGUGUACAACACACAGUUAACACUGGCACCCUUGGUGGACUCCAACCCUAGACACAGCAGCUCAGCUAUGCUGAUGCUCCUAUCGGUGGUGUUCCUGGGCCUAGCCGUGUUCCUCAUCUACAAAUUCAAGAGAAAAAUACCUUGGAUCAACAUAUACGCUGAGGUGAACCAGGAGAAAGAGCAGGAGAUGAUUGGCUCGGUAGGCCAGGGUGACAGCACGCCUAAAAUCACUCUGAGUGAGUUCUCCACCUCCAAAGAGCUCAUGGAGAAGGAACUGGAUGCCAGGGUCAAACGGGGAGUUGGAAAUGCCUGCGAGAGUACAAGGGAGAUUCCAAACUGUACUAGCGUGUAAAGCCAGAGAGCAACAGUUUAUGUACAGCAAAGUAUUACAGUGUCGGGGUUCUCUUUUUCUGUUUUGUAAUUCUCAAUACAACUGAUGUUAAUAGUUUUCUAAGGGACCUCAUUUAUACAGACUUGCACGGAUGCCUCGUUCAACAACAUCCAUGCAGAAAAUGUCAAUUUACUCAAUGAGAUCAUUGUAAUUAUUGGCAAAAUGUAUUCAGUUUUGUGGAUGUAUAAGCUACAUAACAACAUUCAUUUGCAGAGUGAACUAUCUUUUGUCCAAACCUAUGAAGAGUUAUGUAAAUUUCAUAAAGAGUUUGCUUUGAAAAUCAUUUCUGCCUAUAUAUAGACUAUAAUGUCUGAGUUUUCAAUCUAACAGGGAAUAUUAUUGAAAUGUACAAUAUUAUCAUAUGUUCUGUUAAAUGUAUAUAUUAUUACUUUUGACCUGCUUGUAGUCUGAGUACCAUGGCGAGGACAGAGGAUCUGACAGUGGUCUGUUUUUGAAAGUGUGUUAAAAAGACAAACUUAAAGAAAUCAACUUUGUUUUGCUAAGGUCCUUGACUUGUGCAUGUUCUUAUUGAGGACACAUCUUCUGUGUUGUAGAUAAGCAAGUGUUGUAAAUAGUUAUUUUCUAAUCAUCCAUCAAAAAAAGCCCCGUUCGGUUUUGCCCAGACUUCUGUUCUCAUUUCUGCAGUUACUGUUGGGCGAUAAGAAUCUAAAGGUUUAUCUGUUAAUGCAGGUACAACUGUAUUGACAGAUUACAUGUUUAACUUCCCACCUUUUCCCUGGAAAUGAAAUGAACAUGAACGUGUACAAUAUGUUUAUAUUUUCAUUAGACAUAUACAGUAGAUAUGCAGUGAUUUGUACACAGAUGACAUCAUUGCAUUACAUUCUGCCUCGAACACAAUGGCUCUUAUAGUUCUGAUUUGGCCUCAGGACAAAAGGUGAAGCAGUUAUUAGGAACAAUUAUAAGUUACAAUAUUCACAUGUUGGGAGAACCAUGAUGACAAUCCAAAAUAACAUUAUAAUUGAUAGGUCAUGUGUACAUCCUCUAAAAUACCAGUGGGCAGAGGGUCGGGUUCUGGUUAAACACUGCUAUGAAUCUUUAAGUUCUAGUGAAUGUUACUUUCACAAGUUUAAGGCUAUAGCUCAUAUUGUUGAAACCCAUCCCCAAGGCCUAUAGAAUAUAGAUCAUUUAGAGGGGUGUCAAACUCACUUUAGUGCAGGGGCCACAUACAGCACAAUUUGAUCAAGUGGGCCGUACCAGUAAAAUCACAGCAUAAUAACCUAUAAAUAACUCCAAAUUUUCCCCUUUGUU